CUAGUAGGAAGCGAGCCAAGCCUGCUGACGUCACUUCCUGAUGAAAGACUCAUUCUGGGAUUCGGAGGGGACGAGUAUUUUAUUCUUAUUACAGACAUGAGGCUGAAUUUGGUAUUAGCUGUCACUCUGAUGUCCAUCCCCAUGGCACUUGUGCAAGGGGCUGAGAAGAAAAAACUACAGAUUGGAAUCAAGAAAAGAGUGGACAACUGUCCUAUAAAGUCCCGCAAGGGAGACGUGUUGAACAUGCACUACAGUGGGAAACUGGAGGAUGGCACAGAAUUUGACAGCAGUAUCCCGAGGAAUCAGCCCUUCACCUUUACUCUUGGCACGGGACAGGUCAUCAAGGGCUGGGAUCAGGGUCUGUUGGGGAUGUGUGAGGGUGAGAAGAGGAAGCUGGUAAUUCCCUCUGAGCUUGGUUAUGGUGACAGAGGAGCGCCACCUAAAAUUCCAGGUGGUGCCACACUCAUCUUUGAAGUAGAACUGUUGAGCAUUGAGAGAAGAUCUGAUUUAUAGUGACAGAUUUGUGGGCCUGUCAGUCUUAAGCAUUUAAAGUCAUUGUGUUUGCAGCAAGAUCAACGACUGCAGCUGUGUGCUACGCUGCUGUACUGGUGUCCUCUGAACCCAUAUAGCAAUUUCAGGUCCAUCUAAAUAUGAAAAUUCUGUCAUUUAUUAACCCACAUGUCAUUCCAAAAGUGUUUGACCUUUUUCUUUGGUAGAACAUAGAAGAAAAUAUUUUGAAGAAUGCUAGUAGCUAAAUGGUUUCUGUUCCCAUUGACAUCGAGAAAAAAAAAGAAAAAGAAUUGGAAGUCAAUGGAACUGAAGAUCCAAAUAUUCUUCAGAAUAUCAUAUUUUGUGUAAUACAGAAAAAAAGUCAUACAGGUUUGGAAUGACAUGAGUGUGAGUACAUGACAGAAUUUUUAUUUUUAGGUGGACUAUCUCUUUAAAGACCUUUUUCAGAUACUCAAAAGGUUACAGAAACAAAAGAAGCUGACACUUUUCUUUUUUGGAUGUUUCCCUUUCAAAAAAAGAACGACACCGCUUUUCAGACAUGUAUGUAGCACCAUUCUUUAUUUGAGAGCCUUACUACACGUAUUUGGUUGUGAGAGUGCACACAGUACAGUUUUUGCCAUUCCAACAAAUUCUGAUCAUCAACAUAUGCAUUUCUCAAAUCUUGUUCACUUGAAAUUGAAUAAACAUUUUAUUUACAAAAGA